CAAUCUUAGCAACCCAGAUUUGGACUUGCCAUGCACGACGCGAUCCGCCUCGCCGAGGCGUCUGACUGGGACGGCCUCCGCCGCUUGGUGGCGAAAGCACCGGCGUCUGCCCAAGCCUGCGACGGCUACGGCAUGCUACCCAUCCACUGGGCGUCCACCGAGGCAAGCGUACCCCUCGAGCUCCUCGAGACGCUUCUCAUGGCCUUUCCGGACGGCGCCUCGACCGUCAACAGCGCCGGGCUGCUUCCGCUGCACAUUGCCAUUCGCGCGCACGCAUCGCCAACGUGGCUCCAAGCCCUUCUCUCCUCGCACCCGGAGAGCAUUGGGGUCGAAACGCCGACGGGUGCGACGCCUUUGGCGCUCGCCGAACACGUCGGCGCCGACGAGGCGUGCCUCCAAGUGCUGCGCCGCGCAGCACAAGUCAGUGCUGAGCCGGAAGACGCGCGGUCGACAGUCUCGAGCAGUCGGGGCUCCAACGUUUUACGGACGCCGCCCAAAGCCAAGGGCCUUUUGCGACACCUUUCGUUCGACUACACGACGACAAGCCUUCGGUCCGCGACGCGCCCGACCGUGCGCCGCGUCACGUCCGUGCCCAUCAUGGGCGGUUGUGCCAACAACAAUGCCGACGUGUGCGAAAUCCUCGAUGACGCGUCCGUUUCUAGCGACGACGAUGACGACGUUUUGUUUCGCGGCAACAACUGCGCUGCAGUGCUCCCGAUGCUCGACGAGGAGCCGCCCGAGUGGCACCUCCAUACUGCGUGCUCCGUGUGCCACGCCGCCUUUAGCAUGUUCAAGCACCGGCACCACUGCCGCAAUUGCGGCAAGUCCAUUUGCCGCAACCACAGCGCCGACAAGAAGGUCCCAACCAAAGGCUUUCAGUCGCCGCAGCGCGUCUGCAUCGCAUGCUACGGGGCGCUCACGAGCCGGAAGCACUCGUUCACGAUGCUCGAGUCGCCCACCGUGACGCCCAAGCGCACGCUGCUCCGCGUCCUGACCGAGCUCACGUCGCCCAAACCCAGCCCGGUGACAUCGCCGAUCGUAGCCGAGAUGUCGACGGACGCCGAGAUCCUCACGCUGAAAGCGACAGUGCAGCAGCUGACAAAGCAAGUCGACAACCUUCACAUCGCCAACAUGGCGCUACAGCAGCAGUUGCUCGAGCAAGAAGAGCUCAAGGCCGAGACGAUGCUGCUCAUUACGCAGGUCAUGACACGCGUGUCCGUGCUCGAGCUGCAGCGCGUCAAGCAGGCCAACGACGACGACUUUGAUAUUUAGCCAUUGCAUCAUCAACCGAAUAACAUGGCUGGCUACCUUUCGAGUACGCAGCGGCGCGUCGAGA